UCAGUCGCCGUCGGCAACCUCUGCGUAACAGAGCUCGUCCUGGCGGGUCGUACGCGUGCGCGCGUGUAACGUAGAGCGCAACUCACCAGCGCUCUCUGUCUGCCCACUAUCUCUGUUUCGACCGAUCAUCGUACAGCCGUCUUAUCACCAAUCUUAUCAAUGGUUGGUCACCGUAGCCUCCCAAAUAUUAUCGUUUGUUGUUUAUCAGACACAAAAAAUGAAUAACAUUCGUCAAUACUUGGUGCUUGCGAUAUCCUAUGAAGUUACUCUAUGGAGUGUGAACUAAUUGGUGGAUAAAUUUGUUUAGGCGUACUAAAGUAACAGUCUUCGCCGUGUGUUUAUUCGCUGCUUUGUGUAUUCAAGUGUAGAAACGGACAACAUUGUGAACCAAUAUUUGGUUGUAAUCAUCAAACAAGAAUUUAGUGCAGUCCUGUGCAACAUCGGAGAAAUAAGUGCUGGAAUGUGUAGUGACGUGGCAUGAGGUGGAGGCGUGACUCUUGCUCUGGAGCGCGUUAGGAGGAAGUCACGGUCUGUCGCAGCCGCCAGAAAGAGCCGCAAAGUCAAGUUUUCCGAAUGGCUGGAUCAUGACAGGGACAUACCUGCUAUUGAAAGUGAGGAUGAGGAGGAGGAAAGUGUGGCGGCGGCUGGUGGUGGAGAGGGGGUGGCCAUGAGGGGGACAGGGGGCAGGUGGGGGGGUCCUGGCGGCGGCGACGUCCCCCACCACGAUGUGGACGUGGAGGCCGCCCUGGCUGACGCCCUAGGCGAGAAGCCCAGGCCGCAGCUCAAAAAUGUCAAGAGACACAGCAUCCACGGCAUGAUGGAGGAGGAGAACGUGGUCCGCCCUCAUCAGGAGAUGGCUCAGCUCAAAAUGGACGAGAAAAAGUUCCUGUUGAUGGUGGAGAGGGGUGACGUCGCAUCAACGCGCAGAAUGUUGAUGAAGGCAGAACAGGAGGUGGACUACAUCAACAUGAACUGCGUGGACCCGCUGGGGAGGUCGGCGCUGCUGAUGGCCAUCGACAACGAGAACCUGGAGAUGGUGGAGCUGCUCAUCGAGUUCCGCGUCGAGACCAAGGACGCGCUGCUCCACGCUAUCUCCGAGGAGUUCGUCGAGGCUGUCGAGGUGCUGCUCGAGCACGAGAAGACCGUUCACAAAGCUGGCGAGCCGCAUAGUUGGGAAGCGCUACCCCCCGACACAGCAACGUUCACCCCUGACAUCACUCCACUCAUCCUGGCCGCGCACAGGGACAACUAUGAGAUCAUCAAAAUUCUACUCGACAGAGGUGCCACCCUUCCCAUGCCACACGAUGUCAGAUGCGGUUGCGAUGACUGUGUGACGUCACGACAGGAGGACUCCUUGCGUCACAGCCGGUCGCGCAUCAAUGCCUACCGCGCCCUGGCCAGCCCCAGCCUCAUCGCACUCUCCUCCAAGGACCCCAUCCUCACCGCCUUCGAACUCUCCUGGGAGCUCAGGCGACUCUCCUUCAUGGAGCACGAGUUCAAAAUCGAAUACCAGGAGCUACGCAAGCAGUGUCAGGACUUCGCGACCGCCUUAUUAGACCACACACGAAGUUCCUACGAGCUGGAGGUGCUGCUCAAUCAUGACCCCACUGGUCCCGCCUUCGAGCACGGCGAACGCAUGCAUUUAAAUCGGCUCAAAUUGGCUAUCAAACUCAGACAGAAAAAGUUUGUAGCGCAUCCGAACGUUCAGCAACUACUGGCUUCCAUUUGGUACGAAGGUCUUCCAGGAUUUAGAAGAAAAAACAUGGCACUCCAGGCUCUGGAGAUUGUUCGAAUCGGUGUGAUGUUCCCUCUGCUCUCAAUCAUGUACAUAAUUGCUCCACACUCCUCCGCCGGAAAAACGCUCAGGAAACCCUUUAUCAAAUUCAUUUGUCAUUCGGCGUCCUAUUUUACAUUUCUUUUUUUACUCAUUCUGGCCUCGCAGAGGAUAGAAUCGCUAUUAGGUGAUUGGUUCCUGGAUUCUGAAGGCCAGCCAUUAUUUUCGUCAUCGGACGACACAACUACGAAAAGAGGUUCACCGCCAUCUUUAGUCGAGUGCCUAAUACUCUGCUGGGUCGGAGGAUUAAUAUGGAGUGAAGUAAAACAGCUUUGGGAUGUUGGCCUAGAAGAAUAUGCCGCUGAUAUGUGGAAUGUGAUAGAUUUUAUAACUAAUUCUUUAUAUGUUGCAACUGUAUCAUUGAGAGUGGUCACUUAUUAUCAGGUUCAAGGAGCACAAGAUGCCACUCAGGCGGAAAUACCUCGAGAAGAGUGGGAUACGUGGGACCCAAUGCUCAUUUCUGAAGGUCUAUUUUCGGCUGCCAAUAUUUUUAGUUCUUUAAAACUAGUAUACAUAUUUUCGGUAAAUCCAUACCUUGGACCAUUACAAGUUUGUCUGAGUAGAAUGGUUUUAGAUAUUAUGAAAUUUUUCUUCCUCUACGUUCUCGUACUCUUCGCCUUCUCAUGCGGCAUGAAUCAACUGCUGUGGUACUACGCGGACAUGGAGAAACAAAGAUGUCCCAAAGAUCCUCUCGCGAAAGCUGAGGAUCCGGAUGCUUGUCUUGUUUGGAGGAGGUUCGCCAAUCUUUUCGAAACGUCGCAAACGCUGUUCUGGGCUGUAUUUGGUCUGGUGGAUCUCGACAACUUCGAACUGGCCGGAAUCAAAAGCUUCACGAGGUUCUGGGGAAUGCUCAUGUUUGGCACCUUCUCAGUCAUCAAUAUUGUUGUGUUGCUCAACCUGCUUAUUGCAAUGAUGAAUCACUCCUACCAACUCAUAUCAGAACGUGCCGACAUUGAAUGGAAAUUCGCGAGGAGUAAACUGUGGAUCAGCUACUUUGAGGAGGGCGGCACGGUACCCCCACCCUUCAACAUCAUCCCCACCCCGAAGAGCAUCUGGUACGUGGCUCAGUGGAUUCAGAAGAAGCUGUGUGGCCAGUCAAGAGCCGCCAAGAAGGAGCACAUGAGGACGAUACGUAAAAAGGUGAAACAAGCGAGCGAGCGAGAUUUUCGUUAUCAGUUUCAGAGUGAUACCGAAGGCUUAAAUAAUAUCUCAUAUCGACUUCGCUUUUACCUGGAAGAGCAAAGAAUAAUGCGGAAUCUGGUCCGUCGUUAUGUGACUGUCGAGCAACGCAAGGCUGAAAACGAAGGAGUCACUGAGGAUGACGUGAAUGAGAUCAAGCAAGACAUUUCUGCCUUCCGCUGUGAAUUGAUCGAGAUCCUGAAAAAUUCUGGAAUGAAUACAUCAACUGCUACUGGCUCUGGACCAGCAGGAGCUGGAGGCAAGAAGAACAGACAGAAAGAGAGACGACUGAUGAAGGGAUUCAACAUCGCCCCUCCCCCCGCGGCCAGCAGUAGCACCACCUCCCUGGCACCGGUAGCAGAGCUCAUUGCAACAUUGGGUUACCGCGACGAGCAUGCAACCCAGGAGCUAUUUGGACCUAUUUCGGGGCUGCUGGGCACCAAUCCAGGGCUGACACCGCGGCGCGUCUGCACAGCCACACCCAAGGAUGUUCCCGAGCCCAACGCUGGCCAUCACGGGUUGAGGGGGUUGAUGUUCAAGCGGAAUUCGUCGAGGAAGAGACGGUGGGACAGUUUGAUCGAGGCUGCAAAAUCGGGGCGGGUGGGUCGGCUGAUUAACCGCAGCCGAUCGGAGGACUCGGUGUGUAACGGGGAGAACAACGGCCACACCGUGCACAGUCCGUUGUCCGACAACAACGCAACCGACACCGAUUCGAAUCCGAGUCUGAUGGAGAGUCGUGACGCGUCGUCCGUUGGUCUGGCGAUUCUGCGCCACAAGCGACGCAUCUUCUCGACAUCGCGUAACCCCAAGGGUGAGGCCGGCUCCAGUCUGGACUCGAAGGAGCCAACUCCCCUCAAGGCGCAACUGAAGCGCGCCUCCAGCGUGCCGGCGCGUGGCACCGAACUAGAGCCGGUGCGAGCCCACGAACAGACGCAGUCCCAGCAGGAGUCGGUCGACAUGCAACACCAGCAAACCAUGUUGACGCCAUCGACCACCGAAGAGAGUGUCACCACGGGCAACGACUUCCCGGCUGCUGCAGGCUCGCUGCAUGCGGCAACAGCAUCCGCUUCCGCAGUCACAGACCAGCCGCUCAAGGGUAGGAACGGACUAGUCACAACGCUACCCAAUCUCCCUGGCAUUCAGCCGGUUAGUGGACACAAUGUUUCGGCUGGUUGGCUAUAGCCGAACGUUUUGUUAAGUGCUACACACAUUAUCAUCCAAUUAUAAACUUUUUUACUACCGUGUACGAGCAAUGAUCUCUCACACACUCACUCUCGCGGUUACACGUAAGUCUAUUAAAUUCAACUACGUUUGAUUAGAUGAAAAAACCAACAGAACCAAAAUGAACGAAUUGAAUGACAAUACGAUGCUGUCAUUUAUUGCUAUCAAAUUUCAUAGACGUACUUGUAACCGGGACAAUGUAUGUUUUUAAUGUCACUGAUGUACGACGUUACUCGGACACCCCAUUCACAUCAGUCAACUGUUUGGCUGGCUGGCUACAGCCAAACGUUUGCUAUGUGCUACUUAUAUUAUUAUUGCUCAUAGAAAUAAUAUGUUCAUUUCAUAUUCAUCAACCAUACUUUAUGUGCUGUGACAGUGAUAUCUUCUAAUUUUUGGUAUCUGUGAUGUUACUGAUGAGUUGUUGAACUUCUUCUUUCCAUCACAGACAAUCAGUUCAGCUGGCAGAGUAAAGCUAAAAACUAAAAGUAAGAUGUGUCAUUCUCUGUACAUAUUUUUAUUAGUCAUAAACUGGAUUUUAUACCACAAUCAACUACUGAGCAUGUUGUCUGUAGUUAGAUAGCUGAUGCUUCUCAUGUUUCUCAGGUAACUGAUGUGAAGCUUAAAAAUCCAUUUUUUCAUAUCUAAUUUCCCCACUGAUUUCUCUCUAUUAAUAAGAAUGAUGCCUACACGUGAGCCCUAUGCGUAACGGAAGUAAUUAUAUUCUCAUUCCUCAUUCUUAUUCCUCAUUCUUACCUCAUUCUCAUUCAAAGGGUCUGUUCAAUAAGGAAUUGGAUAUUUAUUUAUAUGGGGAAAGGAUAAAAAAUAUGGCAACAUCCAACGUACCUAGAAUACAAUGUAUUGUACAUUGGGAAAUUCUAAGUACGUUGGAAAAAUCCAUUCGAAUCCACGUGAAAAUACGGAAGUUAUAAAUUCUAUACCUGGAUUACGAGACUCAGCUCUCAAAGCUGCUUUGCACUCAAGAUAUGUUCCAUUCCGAGUAUUGUGAAUUGAUGGAGUAUAUUUUUGCAAGAAAUUACUGCAGGUGAUUGUACCAAGAUAAGUAGAUUACAGUAUCUCUGCCGUAUCUCUGGAGCUCCUUUGUUUUAUUGUAAAGUUUUUGUAGAGCCCCUAUCCGUUCCAGGUUCCAAUAUUGCCAUUCAACAUAUUUUUGCUGUUUCAAGAAAUUAUUUUGAUUGUAUAUAAUUAUCUUCUUCUUUCAACAGUGAGCUGGACUUACUGAUGGUAAAUAUAGGCUAUAGAACUAAGUAAAUAACAACUUAUAAAUUGAAAUAUUUUAAUACUUGGACUGUUAUCUGUUGACAAUUUCUUCAAAUUUUAUUUUUACUCCUACCAUCUAUAACCAUGAAAAUAACAUCACGCUGAUCAAUAUAAAAUAUUUCAUUUUUUUACUUCAAUCAUUGAUAGGACAGUGAUAUUUAUCACUGAAGAGGAAUUCCAAUAUCUUCUAUGAUUCUUCUGUUUGUAAUAAAGAACAAGCAUUAUAUAUUUUUGUCUGUUACGGUAGCAAUGAUGUAAUUGAUCAUAAUACUCAGUCAGUGCUAAAAAUUAUAAAAUCAUUUAAGUUACGGUACCUUCAAAUACUAUUUCACUCCAUAGCGAUUAGAAUAACAAUACAGCUUAACAAAACAUUUAAUCUCAUAAAAAUGUUGACAAUAACUUGGAAUACUGUACCAUAUAAAUAAACCCUCCCGUAUUUGCUUACAUAAAAUUCAACUAUUACUUUGUGAUGAAAUUUCAAUUAUUCUUAUCAGAGCAUGAUAUGGUAGCAAUCUGAUGAGUUAUUGUAUCACAAAACUAUUCAGCUUGAUUCAGAAUUGCUGUUUCAAACCAUUUAUAUGUAGGCCUACCUGGUACCCACGUUAUCCAUCAAUAGAUUGGUUUCAAUUCUCACCAGUGAUACUUUGAGAGUUGAGAUUUCUAAAUAUAUUACGAAAUCUAGUCAACUAUGGAAACUUAGUACUUAUAGUAUGUUAACUUUUAACUCUAAUGUGAGUUGAAUGCAGUUGAGAUGGAAAAUGAGUUGAACUUUUCAAGUUCCUUACCAAGUUUUCUUGGCGAACAUUCUUUGUUAUUCAUUACAAAAAAUAUAUACCCCAAAUGUAUUUUUAUGUGGAAUACUAAUAACUCAAGGAGAUUGGAUCAAAAUCAAAAAGUCAAUAGUGUUAGCCUACUCUCAGGUAUGCUGGAACAUUGUCUUGGAAAACAAUUUGAAAUAUAAUUAAUAUUUUAUCUCAGUAUUAUUUUGACAUUGGAAACAAAUUACAAAAGUGUUCAGUUUCCAACUGAUUUCAACUCUCACCAUCUCUCAAACUCAAUAUUUAAGUCCCCUAAAUGGGCCUUGGAGGGAUCAAAUUUUAAAAAUAGCAUAUGCUUCAUAUUCAUUUCAUCUUGUAUAUUAGAGAUUUUAAAACUUGAAUUGCUUACGUGUACUAUAGAAAUAUAAUAAAUAAUAAAUGUUGAACAUUUUUAUACCUUAUACUAUAUAUUUAAUCUUUUAAAAACAAAGCAAAGUGUUUUGAAUCGUACAAUGUUUGUAAAUAAUCAAAAUAUAUCGUGAAAAUAUAUCACUUCAGUCGUUAAAUGUUGGAAAAUAUGUAAAUAUCUAAUGAUAAUUUUAACAAAAAAAUAUUUGUUGGUAGUAAGAUUGAUAUUUUUUUACGCAGUUUUUUCUUUAGAGAUAAAAGUAUGCAACUGUUAAACAUAGCUAUGGUUUUGUUACGAGUUCGAAUUACUCUGCCUAAAUAAUUAUGUAUGUUACUAUAUUUGUUAAUGAUGAAAAUAAUUUUCUAAGAAGCUUUAAUGUGUUGAAAUCUUUAGACCAACGUGAUAGGUUUGUUAUCCCUCCAUUAUAAGUUUUACAUUUUUUUAUUUCUAAAUAAAUUUCAUUCAUGAACCAUUUGUUACAAGAACAAAAAACUAAUAGUAAUAAAGACAACCAUUCAAAAGUUUUAUAUUUUUUAGUCUGUGAUACUUUAAUCUCCAAAAGAGACUAGCAAUAUUUACUUAUUAUCAAAAUAUCAAUAAUAAUUAUUUUCAAUAGGCUAAAAUAAAGAAGAGAUUCUCAUCAAAAAAUGUUUCAUUUGUUAGGUGAUUGUUACUUUUUAUAUAGAAAUAUUACAUUCAAAAUACAACUGAAGUAAUGUACGUUAUGUAUUUGGGUUAUAAAAUUGCAUAACUUAUAUUUGAGGAAGUGCUAUGAAACCUUUCAAUUUAUUCUAUAUUGCUUUUUGUCAAAUAAGGCUAUAGACUAUCGAUUUGAAACAUUCACAUUUUAUAAUUGAGUUUGAUAAAUGUUUCAUACAUCAGCCUCAUCACUCAGCGGAUAAUUUCUUCAAAGCUUGUGUAAAAUGCCUAACUUAAGUAUUUUUCAGAUAUUUUUAUUAUUGGAUGAACAUUGUAUAUUAUCAUAAUUAUUGAAAUGUUCAACUAGUCAUUGCCAUUUAAUUUGGAAUUGUUUCUAUGAACUAUUGAAGCUCAGUAAAUAACGAUUAUAUAACAAAAUAUACAUAUUUCGAUUAUAACAAGUUAUAAUGUAAUUUCACCUAUCAUGUUUAUAGGAAUACUGGGAAUAAUAAUAAUUGUGAGAGUGGUCCCUUCAAAUGACAGUCCACAUAAAUGUUGUAACAGAGGCCUUAUACAAAUGUCAUAUUGUCCUUGUUGUACAUAAUAAUAUUAUAAUAAUAUGAAUACUGAAAAAAAUGUUAGCUGAGAAAAUGCUGAAUGUAGAUAGAAUAGAUGAAUUUAUUGUAAAAUGUGGACAUCGUGAAUGAUUACAUGCAAAUAUAGUGCGAUUUCUCUUGA